ACAUGAGGGUCAAAGUUAGAAAUAAACCCAUUAUCUGCCAUAAAUAAACUAAACAAGUAAAACAUUAAAAAGUCUGAAACAGAUGGUGAAUUUUUAUCUCCAGACACACCCAUAGAGUGAAAGUGAUUGAGACCUUCAGUGAAGCUCCUCCUACAACAAUCCACCAAUAAAUGCUGGAGUCAAACACACAGAGAAAUCACUCCAUGUGUGACAACUGAAAUCUUCAUGACAUAAUAUUGAUGCUGGUGAAAGAGGAGCUUGAGAAGAUUACAGAUCCACAACCAUGCAGAAUAAAGGAUGAAGAUACAGAGGAACAAAUAGAUAUGCUGGAAGUAAAAGAGGAGUGUCAAGCUGAAGUGGAUGAGAAACAUCAAAUUGUAAAAAUAAACCAUAAUGUUUCACAGAAAGAAACUCUGAAGACAGAAGACAUAAAGUGUGAAAAUAGUUUCAGAGAAGUCGAACGCCCUGCAGAUCACAAGAGAACUCACAGUAAGGAGAAACCUUUCACAUGUCAACAGUGUGGAAAGAGUUUCACCUCUCGAUCGAACCUAAACUGGCACAUGAAAACUCACAGGGGGGAAAAGCCACACGCCUGUCAGCAUUGUGACAAGAGUUUCAGAGAUAAAACGAGACUUGAGACUCACAUGAGAAGUCACACUGGAGAGAAACCUUACAUAUGCUCUCAGUGUGGAAAGAGUUUUUCAGGCAAAGGCACUCUUCAGAAACACAUGACAGUUCACACUGAAGGAAAACCGUUCACUUGUCAACACUGUGGAAAGAGUUUCAGAAGAAAAGAUCACCUUAACAUACAUGUAAGGAUUCACACUGGAGAGAAACCAUACGUGUGUCAACAGUGUGGAAUGAGCUUCACAUUUCAAACAAGUUUUUACCAUCACAUGAAAACUCACAGGGGAGAAAAGCCACAUGCCUGCCAGCAUUGUGACAAGAGUUUCCCAUAUAAAAGUCAACUUGAGAGACACAUGAGAUCUCACACUGGAGAGAAACCACAUGUGUGCCAUCAGUGUGGAAAGAGUUUAACAACUGCAACUGCCCUUAAAACACAUUUGAGAAUUCACACCGGAGAGAAACCUUACACGUGCCAUCACUGUGACAAGAGUUUCCCAAAUACAAGUGAACUUAGGAUACACAUGAGGUCUCACACUGGAGAGAAACCACAUGUGUGCCAUCAGUGUGCCAAGAGUUUUACAACUUCAAGUAUUCUUAACAGACAUUUGAGGAUUCAUACCAGAGAGAACCCAUUCAAGUUUCAUAAGAAAUCAUUACCUUAAUGAACACCUAAGAAUUCACAAUGUCUGGACUUGUGUUGUUGUGAAACGUCAUCAGUCGCGGCCCAAGUACUGUUCCAAUCCUAAGUUCACAUCAAGUCAAGGUCACAUAACAUCUCAGGAUAUGUUUUGAUCCUCUCAUUUUAUCAAGGAUGCAUCCGGUGGUAACUUGUGCGGACGUAUGACAGCCAAGUUUCCCAGAAUACAUUUUGCAUCAGCGGCAAUGAAGCUUAAAACCUGCACACUAUUUGAAAUAUUACUCUUUCUGUGUCAUAAAAUGUAGCCGUUUAGUCGAGAAUAUAGCUGAAUAAACUUCAAAUCUGUGGUCAGUUAGUAAAGGUCGAACCUAAUAUUAAAAUUUCCUCUGACAAUUUUCAAUAUGUGAGUUUAAGUUGAUCAGCGGGGUUGUCAGUGCCGUGUACACCACCGAGGGCAGCCUUAAUUUUGGCAAGAAAUUUGCCGCUGUCUCAUUGCAGCUGCUCUGCCCUUCAGUGUCUGAUGGUCAAACAUGAAAUAUUCCCUUUGGAUAUAUAUGUUACUGGAAUUUUUUUGUCCCCUCUAUUUAUUUCUCUUUAUUAUUCAUAAAAAGUCUGUUAUUUGUUAUUAUUGGUUUAACUGAUGUUAAAGACAUUGAUGUUAAAGGGACACCAGUCAAGUCUGAGUGUUAUUUCUCUACGAGCUCCCCCUAGUGUCUGGGAGUAAAUGCUUUCAAACACACUGUCAUAAAAACGAACUGUUGCGCCUCCCCCCUCGCAACCCAGCUAACAGCUGUCAACCCAUCUGAGCACAGGAACUGGCUAUUUCCAAUCCAGUAAUGUCUAUCGAGGCAAGUAAUAUUUUCUUUUCCAACUGAUUUUUUAUUUUUAUUAUGUUGUCAUGCAUAAUAGUAUUUUUACCGUGAACGACGGAUAUGAACGAGGCAAACUACUGCUUUCGUGUUUUUUUGGGAGAGUGGGCAUGAGAAUAAUAUAAUUAAAAAUAAAUAAAUAAAUGUAUAUAUUAGACAAGCAAAGGGAAAAUGUCAUUCGACCAGAUGAACUUAUAGACCUUACUAAUAUAACUUUAGACAAAUAUUAUUCUUCUAUAUCUAUCUAAUAUAUAUAUUUUUUUGAACAUGGGUCUGCCAUUUGCAACAAUCGCUAUCCGUGUUUCGUUCGCCUGCCUCUGUGUUGUUUGCCGUAAAGUGAUCCUGCUUCUCGCGAUAUCUGAGACUUUGCGAGACUGAAGGACGGCGGGUGGGAUACAGCAAACUUGCAAGUGGGGUAUUAUUCUGUCAGGCGGGCGAGAGAGUCUUCAUUCGUUCUAUGAUGAGUCAUUUAACCAUUUACCGACUUACGAAGAUUAUUUAUUAACAUAAAAAUGCUGCCUUGUGUCCCUUUAAAGCUAUAGAAUCUUAACACUAGAUUUUUUUUCUUGUGUUUACUUCAUGUUGUACAAAACUUUUGUACUUUUUUAAUAAAUGGUUGUGUUUUACAUCAUAUAUUUCAUUUUGUAAUAAAUGCAUUAAUCAGUGUGUGUGUUGCAUGAACCACAUAUUUGUAUUUAAAUAUUGAUUUAAGAUUGGAUUUUACAAGAUGUAUAUGAAAUAAAUGUAUCUCAGUACAAGCACAAAUAACAAUGCUAAAUUUAAUCUUCAUGAUCGUGUGGAUGUAGUAUUAGCAUUACUUUUUGUAUAGAUAACAUAGAAUUUUCAGUAAUGAAUUAUUGACUACAGGCUGUUGAAUUUGUCGAAAAUAAUACACACAAGGUGUUAAUCCGGUCUACCAACAUUACGCUAACGUUCCCUUAACAUUCUCAUAACAUUCUGAUAUUGUUCCCCUAACC